AUGGCCACGAACAUUUCGAACAGUUUUGUGAAUUCACAAGUAUCAGUACUAACAAGGACAUGGGAUACAGCUUCCUUAACCUAUAAGUAUGUUGGUGCAUGAGCUUUCUUGCUAUUGGCUAUCCUGGUAUUCCAUACCUUGAUGUCCUUAUACGAAGCUUAUGAAGAUAACCAAUGUCGAAAGAAAACAGAGAAUGUUCCCUCCCUUGUUCCUGAUGGAAUCCCUCCUGCUGUAAGGAAGAAGAAAGAAAGAGUUUUAAUUAACCAUAAAAUUAUUGAGGAAAGAUUUAAGAAAUCUUUGAUGAACCAGAGCUACUCUUUUCCUCGACAUGAGGAUUAAGCACUCGGAGUAGCUUUGCCUCUACCUGAUUUACUCUCAGGACUAAGUUAUCUUUAAUAUAAUUGUGUUCUAAGUACUAUCAAUAGUAGCAAGAUUAGUAAGGUGAGGUUCUCCAAACACAGCAACUAAAAGCUUAGUGAACACCAGCUAAGCAAAAUUUCUGCAAAAAUAGCAGAAUUUUAUGGAGUUUUCCAGAAAAUUUUAAUGAAGGCUGUGGAUACCUCCUUAGCAUAAAGUGUAGCAUUUUGUUAUUGAUUAAUGAGUAGACUAGGCUCAAACAGAGAUUAGGAAGAACAAGCCAUCAGCUUUUAACGACCUAUUAAAGAAUUGAUGACCUACCUUCUCUUCUUUGUGUUAAUCAAGCCUUUUACUUUCUGAAAAGAGAAUUUUCACCAAGCUAAGGAACUCCCAAGAAGAGCAGACACAAACUUUACCUUAUUAAGAACUUACAGAGGUUGAUAGAAACUAGAACAGUGAUUCUGAAUAGAAACUGAUCCUAUGAGAAAUUCUUGAGGCAACAGGAUACUCA